AACAUGGCGUCAAGAUCGCACGUGCCUGUCCUGGUAUGCAUAUCAGCAGUGAUCUUAACAGCUUUGAUUCCAGUGACAGCGGAAUCAUCCUGGGGCAGCUGUGGUAAUGGCUGUGUCUGUGAUAAGGCAAGGUUGACGAUCACGUGCCGCCUCAGUAGUUUGGCCACGGUUGCGUUCCCAGCGGACACACGUAAGAUCAUAGCACGUGACAAUGGAUUGUCCAGCAUUCCCACCAAUGUCUUCCAAGGACUAGAUGACAUCGAUGAAAUCAAUUUGAUCAACAACCGCAUUACCAGUCUGAGAGGCAACACGUUUGCAGGAGCAAAUAACCUCCGAAAGUUGUUUUUGGGAAGUAAUUCCAUAACGUCCAUUGAUGAGGGAACAUUUGCAAAAAUGACGAGAUUAAGCGAAUUGGAUCUGUCUGGCAACCCAAAUAUGGGUAGUAUUCCACCUGGCGUCUUUAGCGGAUGUACACUUCUGCGUGAAAUCAAUCUGUCCAACUGCGGUCUUCGAAGUUUGAGUGAGGACGUGUUGCCGCGGAGGCUCCGAGCUCUUGACCUUAGCGGUAAUGUCGGGAUACAAGUCACCAAAAAGAUGUUCGAUAAAGUUGGGCGUAACGUCUUAAAAAUUAACAUGGCCAACUGCAAAGCAAACCUGAAGAUGGAUUUUUUCCAAGUGGCGAAGCGACUGAAAAGUUUGGACUUGUCUGGUAACACAGUGCUGGCGAAGGUCUCGAGUGUCAGGAGUGCUGAGAUGUGCAUUGACGGGAGCUGCUACCGAAAGUGUGGAGGAGGAGAGUUCAACGACCUCAACAAGCCUCACAACGAGCUUCUAGCAAGCUCGGAGCCAAAACUGUUUGGCCUAUUUGUUGACUUGAAUUAUGUCACCCAGUUUUACCAAGGGCAAAAGACAAGCAUCACACUGUAUGCAGACACCGUCCUAGCUUUGGACGAUGUCACUUUAGACAGCCGGUACCAAGUACGUGUCAUCACAAGAAACUUUUACGUGAGGCACGGAAAACAACUUCGUGGUGCAACUGAUUGUCAGUUUUCAUACGCAGCCAGUAGGGCCGGGAAGAAAAGGCUGAUUAUCGCAAAGUUCGGCCCGCUCGUUGUCCUGACUGAUAACAUCGACUAUGACAAGUCCUGCGCGUAUGACCGUGGGUUGUCUUCGUCUGGAAUGGUCCCAAGUCCAGACGUCCUACAAGCGAUGAUACAAUGUGCAGAGAUGAACCGUGCUGACUCCUCCACAGUUGAAGCAACUUCGCUUCCAAUGCUUGCAUCGGUGGUUACACUCGCUUCAGCUCCGGGGACAAGUGCAGUGACGGAGUUGCGGAAUGUUCGCAACGAAGCCUCCAAGGCGCUUUUCGACAUUGACGUGGAGUUGCGGAGCGAGUCGAGAAUUGUCCCGUACCUGUCUUUAGACGCCUAUACCAAUAUUCUCACCAAUCUACACACGUAUGGUAAGAACUAUGAGGAUCAGUACACCGCCGUGGAAGCGAGACAGGACCGGCUGGUCAACCAGGAGAUGGAGUUCCGAGCUUUGACAGUGCAGGCAAACGGGCUUAGGGAGUCAGCCGUCCAAGACAACGAGGCAUCACAUUACGCACUGCAGGUGUCACAGAUUGCGUUGGAAAGGUUCAAAGCUAGCUAUGAUGAAGCCAGGUUGGAGAUGAAAGAGGCGAAAGAAGCAUUUGAGAGAGGCGUCGAGAAGUAUAAACGUGACAUGGCUAUGAAAACUGCGUUUGCCUUCAUCAAGGCCAUUUUUAGUAUCAUCACGGGAGCUGCAGCCAGGGACCCGUCAGCAAUCAUGGACGGAAUAACACAACUGAUCGACGCCAUGAUGGAAUUGGUAGACUUGAUUGUAAAGAUAACCAACUUGAUGAGAGGAUUGGAUGCGAUCACUGCCACUCUUGGUGAGAACGGACCAAACACUGAUGUAUCUGUGUAUCUUCAAGACGUCGAGGAAGCAGCGGGUUUGAGGGUCAAGAUGGUGGAGUGGGACAAUAUGAUUGCCAUGACCGACACCCAGCUGGACACUGACACAGUCCGCGAGAUCGGCGCCUCAACCACCUUCAGGGAAGCUGUCAAGAAACUUGCAAAUUACGGCAAAUCGAUGACGCAACAGCUCAUCACGCAAUCGAGUCUUGUCAUUGAGGCCUACCAGAAGAAGCUUCGUAUGGACCUGGCUGAGGAGUAUCUGGUCAGGGUGGAGACUGACUUCCAGUUGCUUGGUAACAAGGCGGUCCAAAACGCCCAGGUCUUGUGGAGUUUGAAGAUGCAGAAACACCAGGCUAAGAUGCUGUUGAUGGAACACCUCCUCCAGUACUGCAGGACCUACUUCUACUUCAUGUUGAAAAACUGUGCACAAUCGGAGAUGCCAGAGAUAGGAGACACCAUGCAUAACCUGCUGGGGAAGAUCAGCAUUGCCAAGACUAAGAAACUACUGAAUAUGGUCAGGUUGGGCACGUCACAGAGUAUGAAUGAGCGCGUCAGUCUCGUUGAUACGAAAUUCGGCGCCGCCUGCAAGUUCGACCAUGACUGUCCCGUCACCAGGAUGAAACAAAACCGUAUCCUUGCUCUGAACAUCACCAGAGAUAAUGAUGAUGAUUUCUACCAGUAUGAGAGGGUCAGGGUAGAGGAGAUCAAGGUCUUGCUCAAAGGUGUGACUAACAGAAACAGGCGAGACAUAAAGCUGGUGGUCCAGAACACAGGUGACUUUGACGACUUCUAUCAGGGCAACGAAUACAACUUCCUCAGUGUUCCAUUCAACAGGAUAUUCAAAUACAGCACAGCGGAUGGUAGUUCCAUUGAUGAGAUCAGUACCCGGGCAAACGAUGUGAACCAACGUAUCUUCAUGAGUACAACCCCCUUCACAAUCUGGAGGCUAUGGCUACCCCUAGAUGAUAACCAAGGCAUUGACCUGAGUGGACUUAGUGAAGUCAAGAUUUACUUCAUCGGGAACAUGAUAGCAGCCAGCAGGUCUGAAAAUCCGUUUUGGGAUUAUGGGGGUGGAAACUUUGGUCCCUAUGGGCGACGAAAGAAGAGGUCCGUCCUCAAGGUCAGCAUGAGCAGCUUCUAACAAGUCAAUCUCUACUAAACGAUCGACCGACCUGGCUCCUGCCUUCAGACUCCGUGUCAAAUUCUAUAAACAAUAUACCAAUUUUUUUUCCCAAUUUUUACUGUCAUUAUUGUAAUUCAAUAAAUAUUCAAAUACCAAA